AUGCGACUCUUGCUUCCCGCGCUCCUUGGGGUAGCAUCGGCUACAGCCGAGUCUGCCAGGCAGGGGUUCGGCGCUGUCGCGUCGCGUCACAGCCCACCCAGCACCGAGCUGGCCGACCUCCGCGGCAUCGGCGUAUCACCUGUGCAGUCUCACUGGGCUACCAAUAUGUCAUUGGUUCCACCUGGACGGAGGCCAGGUAACCCGCCAAAGGAUGACUGCCCGCCUUGUUUCAACUGCCUUCUUCCAGCGUUCAACUGUGGCCAGUUCGGCGAGUGCAACCAGUUCGAUGGCUUGUGCCGCUGUCCAGCCGGCUUUGGCGGCCAAGAUUGUCUGACUCCUCUUUGUGGCUCGCUAGCUGAUGGCGAUGAGCGAUUCCCUCGUCCUGAUAAGGAGCUCUGCAAGUGUAACGAUGGGUGGGGUGGUAUCAACUGUAACUUGUGCAAGGAUGACCGCGCGUGUAAAGGUUUCAAGAUGCGUGACCCUCUCACUGGGCUCCAUGACCCAUCAAGCGAACACGCGGACGACGGUGAUAACCACGACGAUGACGAAAUGAGGAUGACCUGCUACAAAGGUGGCAUCACCGUAGACCGGGGUUUCCAGAUGUGUGACGUAACGAACCGCAAGAUCAUCGACACCAUCCCGAACAACAGGCCCCCUCAGGUCACGUUCAGCUGCACAGCGGGUGGGCCGCAGAGCAACUCGUCGCUGAACAACGGCCGAUACGGACUUGUUGGUGACGACACAAUCCUGCCAUAUGAAGAGAAGGGCACCUGUGGAUUCCAGUUCUGGGUUGACCGUAUCGAGUCGUUCUAUUGCAAGCUGGAGCAGUGCGAUUGGAUUGCAGAGGAGGGCUAUGAUGGGAGCAACGAGACCCACUACCGCUGCGACAAGGUUGAGUGCGCGUGUAUCCCCGGCCGCUUCCUCUGUGGAGAGGACGGCAGUGUCAACAUCGAUGACUUCCUCGCUGAGGAGAUCAAGGGCCCCGGUAGCUUCAACUGUAUCUCAGGCAAGGGCUGCACGUUUGAGGAGCCAGCGAUGAACCAGCUCAUCAACGACAUCUUCGGCGACCGCUCCAUCACUCUCGACUGCGAGUCUGGAGAAUGCGUCCACUAUACACAAGUACCAGGCUACAACCCGCCACAUCAACCAGACAAUUCGGUUCUUGUCGCGCUCAGUGCGGCUCUCGCCGCUACCAUCUUCGUCCUUGCUUGUGUCUGUGAGUUUUACGCUCAGUUCCACGCUCACUCGGAAGUGAUGUGGUACGCCGGCCGCACCCAGCGCCUCCCAGGUGGCACAUCUGGAAUCAAGCUUCCCGAGGAGGAAGCAGCAAAGUUGAUGUCUGACCAUGUCCCUGCCACUCUUCACUUCUCCAACGUCUCUUACACGCUUCCAACCGGCAGAGAGCUCCUUUCGCAUGUCACGGGUACCACCCGGCCAGGCGAGAUCAUGGCGAUCAUGGGUGCGUCUGGUGCUGGCAAGUCCACACUCCUCGACAUUCUCGGCCGACGUGCCAAGACUGGAACGGUUACUGGUGAGGUCUACGUCAACGGCCGUAUCCUUGAAUCGUCCACAUUUAGACGCGUGGCGGGGUUUGUCGACCAGGAGGACACACUUCUCCCGACUCUUACAGUGUACGAGACGGUCCUGUACUCGGCGCUUCUUCGCCUCCCUCGCGAGAUGAGCUACGAGGCCAAGGUGUACCGCACCCUCGAGACAAUGGAGGAGCUCGGCAUUCUCGGCAUCAAGGACUCGCGCAUCGGCGAGUCCGGUAAGCGAUCCAUCUCUGGGGGGGAGAAGCGCCGAGUGUCUAUUGCAUGCGAGCUCGUCACUGGCCCCUCCAUCCUGUUCCUUGACGAGCCCACCUCUGGUCUCGACUCGUACAACGCAUUCAACGUGGUCGAGUCCCUCAAGACCCUUGCCAAGGAGUACAACCGAACCGUCAUCUUCACCAUCCACCAGCCGCAGUCUAACAUCGUUGCACUCUUCGACCGCCUUCUCCUCCUGGGCCGUGGACAAAUGGUGUACUCGGGUGACGCAAGCAAAGCGCAGGCGCACUUUGAAGCUAUCGGACACCCCUGCCCGCCCGGUUUCAACAUCGCAGACUUCCUUAUUGACCUGACUGUCGAAGCGGCUGGUGAUCACAGGAAGAGCGUCUCUGCGAGUGCGUUCGCCAGCGGUAUGGUAAGCGGUAUCGCUAGUGGAACCGACACCCCAGCGCGUCCCAAUGCCAGCGCGCCACGUAAUGGACCUUCAGAUGCCGAGGCGGGAUUCUCUUCCCACUCGAGGCGAGACCCCCUGUUGGCCUUCGAGGAGGAGAACCCAGUCGAAACCGUGGCCGUCGGCAUCAAGAAGAAGGCGGCUAGAGUCCUCGGCCUCUUCUCCUCUGGCACGCCAACUCCACCAGACGCCAACUACGCUGUCCCCGAACAACUCGCGACCCUGGUUCUAGCAUGCCGCGCAAGCGACGGUGCGAAGAUCACCGAGGCCGAAAUCAUGCGUAUCGAGGCUGGCGAGUCUGCAGACGGCGUCCCCAACGACCAGCGGGACGUUAGUGAAGAAAUCGCCCUUCUGCGUGGCUACGAUAAAGCGACGUUCUGGACCCAGUUCCGACUGCUCUCCGGGCGCGCAUUCAAGAACCUCUACCGUAACCCCAUGCUCAUGUUUGCGCACUAUGCUGUCGCGGUCGUCGUGGCGUUGCUGUGCGGCUUUUUCUUCUAUCACGUCACCAACGAUAUCCCCGGUUUCCAGAACCGUCUCGGUCUGUUCCUCUUCAUUCUGUCGCUGUUUGGGUUCUCGACUCUGUCGUCGUUGGGGAUCUUUGCGAACGAGCGCAUGCUGUUCAUGCGGGAACGCGCAAACGGGUACUACAAGCCGGGUGCCUACUUCCUCUCCAAGGUCCUGUUCGACAUCCUUCCGCUGCGCGUCAUCCCGCCGUUCGUGCUCGGCUCAAUCGUGUACGGCCUCGCCGGCCUCAAUCCCGAAGUGUCCAGCUUCUGGAAGUUCAUCAUGACGCUUGUGCUGUUCAACCUCGCGGCGUCGUCGAUUGUGCUCUUCAUCUCCGUCUCCGUGGCAGACCAGGGAGUAGCCAACCUGCUCGGCUCACUCGUCAUGCUGUACAACCUGCUGUUCGCAGGACUGCUAAUGAACUACGACCGCGUGGCCGAGGGCCUUCGCUGGAUGUUGACCCUGUCGUUCUUCCACGCCGCUUACGAAGCAUUGCUCGUCAACGAACUGCGCUACCUGCAGCUGGUCGAGCACAAGUUUGGCCUUGACAUCCAAGUGCCCAGUGCGACGAUCUUGUCCUCGUUCGGCUUCCACGCGCAGGCCUUUUGGUGGCCUGACACCGCGUUACUGUGCAUUGUGUUUGGCGUGUUUACGGUUGCGAGCUAUUUGGUCCUUGAACUCUACGUAAAGGAACCCAACGGCGCCACAGGCCAGCAUACAGACUCUGUCGCUCUCUACGAACUCGAGCCCUAUGUCUUCGGGUAUGCCGCCGGCCUCGAAGCUGCCCGCCGCUUCGCAGCUACUGGCUGGUACGUCACUCGCCUCGACUGGGAGCGGUCCAGCCACGCAGCGGCCGUGGCGCAGCCGGCCGAUAGCCUGCGCCAGGAGUUGAGCGAAGGAAGGUCGAGCGAUGCAGAGGAGCAGCACAGCGUCGACUACGACGAUGCCGACGACGCCGAGUCCGUCGACAUACCUUUCUUGGUACCUCAUUUUGACGCCGUCAUCGACCAACGUGCUGGCGACGAGAUAGCCGAAAAUGGCGAGUUCACGGUUGCCGUCUCUGACGUUGAUGACGAAGGCGAGGACGAGGAGGGGGACGCUGCGAUGGUCGCCGAGGUCCUCUUCGCCGACACGUCCGCCGAUAUGACCGAGUCGCCAGAUUUUGACGCCGUCAUCGACCAACGUGCUGGCGACGAGAUAGCCGAAAAUGGCGAGUUCACGGUUGCCGUCUCUGACGUUGAUGACGAAGGCGAGGACGAGGAGGGGGACGCUGCGAUGGUCGCCGAGGUCCUCUUCGCCGACACGUCCGCCGAUAUGACCGAGUCGCCAGAUGGGGAGGUGGUAAAGCCAGAGCAGGCGCUGGCGCAGGAGGACUCUGACGAGGUUGGCCCCGAGAUUGUCGCUUUCGCUGUCGCCGAGGCCGCCGCGUCUCCUUCUAGCGUUGGCUCCCCUGCGUUCGCUGCAGGUCCCGAAGUCAAGGCGGUGCCCAAGGCCAAGCGUUCCGCGAGCGAGAUGUCCAAAACGUCCAACAAGGAGAUGGCACUCCCGACAAAGAAGCGCCGUCCCCUCAGCGCCGAGUAA